AUGUUUCUUGCUCCGCAGCGACCAUUUUAAUUAGCUUCCCAAAACAUUGUCAGAUUGUCUUCUUCACGCUUACAAGAGACAAGUGUCUCGGCUUUGUCUCACCAAAACUCCCUACAACAAUCCAAACCUCUGUGUCUCCUUAUAAAGCUCAAGAACUCCCCCUCUGUCUUCCCUUAAUUUGUCCCCCAAGACCCAUUUGUUCUUUCAUUGAAACAUCUGUCGCAUCGCCGCGAAAAUUGACAUGAAGAAACAUAGCAAUCCCAUCCUCCUUUCUGCUUUUUCCCUCUUCUUUCUUCUUGCACCGUCGAGCGCUGCAACAUUAUCCACGGCCGGAGAAGUUGAGGAUGAGAGAGAGUUCGAUUACAUAGCCGGAAGCGAGAAGGGGCCGAAGCACUGGGGAGAGCUGAGGAAAGAGUGGGAAGCGUGCAAGAAAGGGGAAACGCAGUCGCCGAUCGACCUGUCGAGCCGGAGAGUGAAGGUGAUUCCCAAGCUAGGGGGGAUACAAAGGAGCUACAAGCCCAGCAAUGCGACCCUCAAGAACAGAGGCCACGACAUUUCUCUUCAAUGGGACGUGGGCAACGUUGGAUCAGUUAAGAUUAAUGGCACUGAAUAUUUUCUCCAACAAUGUCACUGGCAUUCACCUUCCGAGCAUACCAUUAAUGGCAGAAGGUAUGAAAUGGAGCUUCACAUGGUUCAUGUAAGCACAGACCCGAAUGUUGAGAACAAUAUUGCAGUCGUUGGACUUCUCUACAAGACUGGCCGGCCAGAUGCUUUCCUUUCCAAGUUAAUGGGGAAUCUAUGGUCCAUGGUUGACCAAGAGGGUGAGAGAACGAUGGGUGUGUUCGACCCAAGAAAAAUCAAGAUGGGUGGCAAGAGUUACUUGAGAUAUAUGGGCUCUCUCACUGUCCCUCCUUGCACAGAAGGUGUCAUUUGGACUAUCAACAAAAAGAUAGGCACUGUAUCAAAGGACCAAAUCAAGUUGCUCAGAGAGGCUGUCCAUGAUCAUGCGGAGAAGAAUGCAAGGCCUGUGCAGCCACUGAAUAGAAGAGAGAUUCACCUAUACCAACCAAAGGAAGCAGCAGCAAGAUAUUAACCAUUUUUUACAACUUUGAUUUAUCAUUAGGACCCUUGUAAACUAGAAGAGAAGAGAAGGUCGAUGUUCUUUAUUGGCAUUAGGGUUGCUUAACGUUACCCUACCUCAUAAUCAAGUAUCGACCUUAUAUAAUGGUCUUGUACCCAUCAAAACAUGAUCACGUCUAGACACGUAUGUAGAGCAAUUAUUUACCUCUGUUGAGUAUGGUAUGGCGAGAUCACCGAGUUUCCUCA